AUUUCCGAAUGUUGACAAUUUGAUGAACGAUGAAGAUAAAAACAAGUAAAUAUUUGGUACAAAUGUUAUGUUUAUGUAUCUGUAGCAUAAAAACCUCAGUUUGUAAGAGGACAAAUCGAUUGCAUUAAUAUUACUAGAUAAAAUUGUGUAAACUUUCACAGUGAUGAGUAGUCUUGGUCCAUGGAUAAACAAUGCAUAAACAAGAUAUAUUUUAUCAGCCCCCUGCUCCAGCCAGCCUGAGCAAAGACAAAGUGAGCAUUUGGAAUGCUUGGUGCUGUAAAGGGGACAAAGAAGUAUCUCGAGAAGCUGCUACCAAAGGUGCAAAGCAUGUAGAACUUGUUACACAGUUUUUAUCUGCUAGGAGGAGAAUAACAUCUGAUGAGGCUAAUUCUCUAUUAAAAAAUGAGGUGCUGGCUUGGGUGAAGGAGCUACUAGAUCGAAAGCAGAUUUUCAGAAUCUCACAUAUUCUCAAUAAUAUUGGCAUCGAUCCGAACACCGAACUACAAAACGUCUUUUAUACCACUGCAGAUACUGAGCUCAGAGAAUAUAUAGGCAAUCAUUUGAAAAAUUUAAAGAAAUUAGAUGAAAGAUUAUCGAACCUGUGGCAUUUCUUAGACCUUGUUUUAAAAAAUAAUGCUUUGGUUUCGAAGCAAAAACUGAGCAAAGAUAGUAUUGAGUGUCUAGAAAAUCAGGAUAGUGAAUGGAAGUCUGAGAUAGCUGCCAAGUUAUUUUUACGAACUUAUGAUACAGUUUUGGUAUAUUUCUUUAACGAGAAUGCUCUUUGGAAACAAUUAAUAUUUUACAAUGAUGUAAAGCUGUUGAAAAUGUGGAUUCAAAUCAGGUAUAACAACAUUGAAGACAGUGGAGCUCCAGACAGCUUGAAGAAUGUGUUUGAAAGAUUUCCUAUCACAACAGAAAUGGUGAACCAGCUGAAUACCUCAGAAGCGUUUGCUAACACAAAAAAGACGAUUUUGAAUGGUCUGAGUUGUUAUGGAAUCUUUGCCGAUGAAGAUAAAAGUUGCCUCUUAAAAUUACUUCACAGAAUGAAUGAAGCCGGAAUUGUACAAAAUACGUACGAAAUAAUUGAGAAACAAACAUCAAAUCUCGAUCAACACGUUUUUCUACAGCUACUAGUAGAGUACUGUACGAAAAAUAAGCUUUUUCCAGUACUGAGUAGUUGUGUUGAAAGGCUUGAUAUUUCUGAAGAAAAUAAAGAUCUCUGUGAAGAUAUUUCUCUAAUAUAUUCUCUAAGAAAGUUGAAUUUCUCAGAUAGAACGUUAUUACGUGAUAACAUUUUUUAUGUUGCUAAGUUUUUAUCAAACGAUUUAAAUAAUUAUUUCAAAGAAAAUCCUUUAAUUCUGCUGUCUAUAAUUGUUUUUACUGAAGAUCUAGAUUUUGAAAAUUUAAUGCAGGCAUCAUCUCUCAGUCUUUUUGAUACAGACCUACUCCCAGCCUUAAAACAUUUGCUAGGAAACUUUAGAAUACUGAAAGCUGUCUAUGAAUAUAAAAAGGUAUUGAUAGAGAGCAAUGUCACUUAUUUUGACCUACUAGAGAAACAUACGGGUGUUGACACAAAAAGCUUAUUUCACGCAGUUCCAAUGCCCAAUUUCACUACAUCAGAACUAGUAGAAUCAUAUGGUUACCAGAAGAAAAUUAAUUAUCUCUUUUAUGUGAGAGAACAAAGGCCAAGCAUAGCUGCCAAGUUGUUCUUACUAGAACAUUACAAAGAAUCAACUAUUCUUCCUGAAGAUACUGUUCGUUAUGUUCAAAAGAAGAUAUUUACCAUAGCCCUGAGAAACUUUAACAGCUAUGAGAUUCCUUCCAGUUGUAUAUCCUUCUUAGAAAUGGUAGGAAUCAACUCCAACUUUUUGAGAGUAGCGGUAACAGCGGCACAUGUGUUAUACGAAUCGACAGGGAACUUUGAUUAUGUUUUGAAGUUGUUUCUGAACAUUGAGAAAGAUGCCCACAGUAUUUUGAACAGUUUAGAAGAAUGUAUCUUAGAAAAAUUAACUUUGAGUUUACCAAUGGCGCAGCUUUUGUCGAUGCUAUUAAAACCUAUGACAUAGUAGUGAAAUUCGCGACUUGCUACAACCUCAAACUGCCCGUAAUGUUCCUGACAGCAUGCGCAAGCAACAACUGGUGGCUUUCUUUCCUGACAUUCGCCCAGCUGAAUAAUUAUCCCAUAGAGCAGAUAAAACUGGCCGUUCAAUCCUUCAGAAAUGCCAAUUUACUGGAACACGUGAGCCACAGCGUAAUGCACGACAUCCACGUUGACGAUCAGAGCAUUCUGAUGCGCGAAAGGGACUCGAGAAAAUACCUUUUGUCUAAGAUAGGCUUGAGGAAGAGUAUAGACAGCCUGAAUCAGAGCGAGUCGUACUCCGGUGUUACAUCGCAUUCGAGUCAUGGCAGCACAAAUUCAAGUUCUGCGGGUUCGGAUUUGUUGGAAAUUGACAUUUCGAACACAAAAGCGACGUUGCUGCAAACGCUGAUCAGAUGUCACAACAGCACAGAUCCGCCAAGAGCGCUGUUGCAGGCUUGCCAGUUGUACAAGAAUCCGUUGCUGGCAGUUUUUGCUACCAGCUAUGAGCCUGAUUCGGUGGUGACAAACUGGCUUACUUGGCUAGCAGUUUCCUCGGAUUUAUGUGAAGCUUUCACUAACUACGAGACCAUUGCAUUUUGUUCACAUUCUGUGAUGACGUUACUCAAUAAUUGUAUGAAGCAUCAAUUCCCAAAGACAGUACUCGAAAGCUUUGAAAUAUUCCUUCCGACAAACGGCCUGACAAGUUUUUUGCAAUUUCUCAACAUGUGCAUCAAAGAAGAAUACGAUAUACCCCCUCUAACCUCCAAACUAGAAGCAUUCAAAUCAUCUUUAGAUAAGUGCAGGCGCUCCAGUGUUUUUAACGAAAACGAUCGUGAAAUGACAUACUUGAGCAACAAAGUAUGGUUAGAACAAACGGCUCUGUUACUGCUUUCAUCUGCGUUAGAAUACAACGUGUAUUCUCUUUACGAGCAAAUCGGAAUGUUGAAGCUUUUGGAGGAAAUAAAAAUAGGAUCGUACCUAAAAUGCCCUGAUAUCACCAACCUGGUCAAAAUGCUGCAGAUUGUCCUGGAUACAAAAUUGGCAGUUAAGUUUGAUAUUCCACUGUAUUUCAAGAAGAACGGGAGACAGGCUGUCAUAGACUGUAUAUCGAUGCUUUUAGAUAAAGAGCUAUUUGAACAUGCCUUGAAGAUAGCGGAAAUAGAAGGUCUACCGAAAGAUCUUAUAAUAGUGCGUGAAUGGCACUACAAUUACCAGAAUCAAAGAAAUAAUCCUAAUCUUUGGACUGAUGCCGAUAGUGAAUUUUCAAAACAUAGCAUCACUGCAGAUUGCGUGGUAGAGUUUUAUUUGGAAUAUUCUGGUAAAUCGAAUGAUAAUGCUGAAAGGUAUCAGAUUUUGAAGCUAGCAUACAACUGGGCAAAAAAGUUCGAGCUUUCUAAUGAGUAUGAGUUGGAGUGUGAAAAAUGGCUGGCUUACGUUCUGAUUUUUGACAAGAAGGAAAUAGACAGUGAUGAGAUCGAAGACAGCUUUCCUGUGAAUGUCACCUACAAGGAGAUGGUAGAAAAGCUGGAAAAAGUGCCGAAACAUGACGAAUCUCUACCUACAGAUCAAGCGAACAUUAUCAAAACAUUGAUUAACACCAGUUUGAAUAGGGGAAAUUUUUGGCUAGCACUGAAGUUGGAAAAAAUGUUCAGUAGCUCAAAUACAGACCUGGACAUUCUGAAGCUGUGUUACAGCCUAGCUGAACAUUAGUAUCUCCAUAUCAGCUGAAUACCGAACAAAGGCUUUUACUCACUAAGGGAUCUCAAUACAGAAGGUUGAGUAACAGGAGAAACUUACUAUCUUCUAGGACUUCGACAGCUAGUUUGA